UUAGGAAAAUAAGUAAACAUUGGACACCACAAUGGCUCUUGGUUUUCUUGGAUGAAACUAAUUUGCAUGAAAAAACAUAUACCAAUGGCCGACUUUCAGAAAAAAGACAAAUUCAAUUGCAAGUACGCUGAUUGCCUUUACAGCGAAGGUUCACGGUUAUAUUUCGAAAAAUAUCGUUAUUUGAAACAGCAUUAUGAUAAAGUCCACAACACAAAAAUAUAUGAAUGUACUAAAUGCUUUAAAAAAUUUGGGACCACAACUCUUCAGAGAAGCCACAUGAGUUACUGUGGCAGAGAAUUCAAGUGCUCCUGUGGUGUUGUGUACAAGAGCAAUGAAGCUCUCUUGACUCAUGCAAAACGAAAAAGACACCCUUUGGGUCCUUUGCCCAGAGCCAUUGGAAUAGAAUCAACUAAUGGGAAACAUAUUCAGUCACCCAGUACUGCACACUCUUUAUCAAUAAACUUUUCUGCUGGCUCACAAUUGAUAAUUUUGCAAUCAAACAACCAUGGACAUCCCAAAUCUCAAAGCUUAACUGAAAAAGGCACACAGGAAUGUUCGAUGCAUAUAAUGGAUGCAGCUGUUUUCAGUAGAUUAUCAGCAGCUGUUGCUCUGAGUGAACUUGCAUUAACUAACCCUUCUAAUCAAUUGCCAGAGAAGAGAGAAGUGUCGACACAAACAGAUAGUAGUAUUCCUGAUUUAUGGUUGAACACAGUUCAAGAAGAAACAAGCAGCCUGGAUUCUAAGAUCCAAGACUUUGGCACGCAAACGGAGGAUGUUGACUUCAAUGUGGUUUUGAAUCCUGAAUCACCUCAGAACCCUUGUAGUCCGUGGUUAGGGCUACAAGCUUUUAGUGCCGAAACGCAAACAGUUGACGAAGACGCCGUUUUGCGACCUUUCAAUUUGUGCAAUAUACAAACCCAGACGCCGUGGAACGAAAUGAGUGACGAUGAUACAACAGAACUCGCCCAUACAGAAACGCAAACCCUGUUGUCUUCUUUUUUCAUAGAUGAUGGCAACGUUCCAGAAUGUCAGGGUGAGCGAAGAAUGAAUUCUUUCUUGGUUAAACAAAAUUCUGAAGAUGCCGGUACUGACCCUAUGGAAAUCUUUGAUUGAAAGUACCCAAAAAAAGUAUUAACUCGUAAUAUCCCAAACUGAUUUAUGAUCAAACAAAGUACGGAAUGGAAUAUAAUAUAUAUUUUCGCGCGUGUGCGUGUGCCA